CAGAGAAAUAAUUCCGGGCCAAUGCUGAGUGUGAAGCAGCAGAAGACAGUUGAGCAAAAUAACUCACUUGCUCACCUCAACACCAACAUGCAUUUAAGUUACUAUGUGGGUGACAGUUGAAAAUAUUGUAGUAAGUGGACCUACAACGUGGUACUGAUCGAUUGCAGUGUUCUUUUUCUAGUUUGGGCAGUAUAAAUAGGGUUCGAGGGUGUAUGGGUUGCAUUGUGUUUUUGGUUUCUUGCAUGCAUGAUGAGUGGGUUUUGCCGUUGUAGUGUGGGUUUUGUGUUGGUGGUUUUGAUUGUGGAAGGUGUGGUUUUGAGUGAUGUUAAUGGGGAUGAGAAGUUCUUGCAUAAACCUUUGCUUGGAAGGGGGUUUGGGGGAGGACUAGGGCAUGGCAUUUAUAGGAAAGGGUUCAGGCAUGGGUUUGGCGGGCUUGGAGGUGGAGGUGGUGCAGGUGGUGGGUUAGGAGGUGGGGCGGGUCUUGGAGGUGGUGGGUUAGGAGCUGGUGUUGGUGGUGGAGGCGGUCUUGGAGGUGGUGCAGGCGGUGGUCUUGGAGGUGGAGGUGGUCUAGGUGGUGGAGUAGGAGGUGGAGCUGGUGGCGGAGUUGGUGGAGGAGCUGGAGGAGGUGGAGGGCUUGGAGGCGGAGGGGGUCUAGGCGGUGGAGCUGGUGGAGGACUUGGUGGGGGAGCAGGAGGAGGUGGUGGGCUUGGAGGCGGAGGGGGUCUAGGCGGUGGAGCUGGUGGGGGAGCAGGAGGAGGUGGAGGACUCGGCGGAGGUGCGGGAGGUGGGGGCGGUUUUGGUGGUGGCGCUGGGGGAGGCUUUGGAGCAGGUGCAGGUUUCGGCGCUGGUGGAGGAUUAGGAGGCGGAGGAGGAGGAGGUGGUGGCUUUGGAGGCGGUGGUGGUGGAGGUCUGGGCGGUGGGUUUGGUGGUGGCGCAGGGUUCGGAGGUGGAGCAGGAUUUGGAGGUGGGGGAGGCCACUAAUUUUAGUACCCAUCAACCUUUCUCUUAAUGGUAUAGCAAAUCAACUCUCUUGAAUUCCAAAAAUGAAUGUAUUUGCUUCCACUCUGCAAAGGCACACCACAUUCCAUUUUGUACACAUAAUAUUAUUACAAUCACGAGAAUGGAUUGGGUUAGAACUAAAGGCACACUCCAUUUUGCAAGAGAAAUUUGCCUACUCUCUGUAAUCCUAAAAUUUCCCAAGUAUUGUUCUAAUUGUUCACUGUAGUUGAGUAAGACACAGUUUGUGAUGCAACCAAUACUAGGAAUUGGUAAUGAAAUGAAUUUGAAUGA